AUGAAGGUGGUGGUGGCCAAGGUGUUGUGCCUGCUAGGCAUCUGUGUUCUUGUGCUGGCUGGGGCUCUGCUCCCUGUCAGGGUGAUGGAGGCUGAGCAUGACAAGGCUCAGCACUCCAGGAGGCUCCUGGCCCUCUGCAACACCUUUGGAGGAGGAGUUUUCCUGGCCACCUGCUUCAAUGCCCUCUUGCCUGCUGUCAGGGGCAAGCUGGAUGAAGUCCUCAGGCAGAGUAACAUCACCACAGACUACCCCGUGGCCGAGACCAUCAUGAUGGUUGGUUUCUUCCUCACAGUCUUCGUGGAGCAGCUCAUCCUGACCUUCCAGAGGGAGAAACCUUCCUUCAUCGACCUGGAGACCUUCAACGCCGGCUCUGACGUGGGCAGUGACUCGGAGUACGAGAGCCCCUUCAUUGCCUCCUCCCGUGGGGAACACGGACACCACUCCCACCUAGGCAUCCCCCAGCUGGGCCCCCUCGGCCCUCUACGCCUGCUGGGGCUGGUCUUUGCCCUGGGCACACACUCCAUCUUCGAGGGCUUGGCCUUGGGGCUGCAGGAGGACAGCGGCAAAGUGCUCAGUCUCUUCCUGGGGGUAGCCAUCCAUGAGACGCUGGUGGCCAUGGCCCUGGGUACCAGCAUGGCCAAGGCCUUGCUGCCGCUCAGGGAUGCUGCCAAGCUGGCCCUGGCUGUGUGCCUGAUGAUCCCGCUGGGAAUCGGCAUUGGGAUGGGCAUUGAAGGCGCCCAGAGUGCUGCCGGGAGCUUGGUGUCGCUGCUGUUGCAGGGCAUGGCCGGAGGCACCUUCCUUUUCAUCACCUGCUUCGAGAUCCUGGCCAAGGAGCUGGAGGACAGGAGCCAUCGUCUGCUCAAGGUGCUGAGCCUGGUGCUGGGCUAUGCUGUGUUGGCAGGACUGGUCCUCAUCCCCUGGUGA